GUUAGAGUAAAAGUGUUCUGUGUGUUUAAUGCAAUGUGCAACCAAAGUACUGCAAAUAAAUUAAAUUGCAUUCAAUCUAAUCAUAAAUGAAUAACAUAAUAGGAUAUUAGUUCAUAGUACAUAAAAUGGAUUAACAGUAGGCAAUAUUAUAGAUAAUACUGUAGAGUGUAUCAUUCCAGCAACUGUACUAACAUAUUUUAUUAAUUUAAUCCAACAUAAUGGGCCCAAAUCUUGCAGCCCUAUCGUUUACUUUGUGUUCUGAAUGUGAAACAUCUAAAGCCAGAGCUGGUUUAAUGAAACUUCCACAUUAUGAAGUUAAAACACCUGUUUUUAUGCCAGUUGGAACUCAGGGCACUAUGAAGGGAUUAUUGCCAGAGCAGCUUGAAGAAUUAGACUGUGAAAUAAUUCUUGGAAAUACUUAUCACUUAGGAAAUCGGCCAGGAAUAAAGACAUUAAAAAAGGCAGGUGGUCUACAUAAAUUCAUGGGCUGGCAUAGAGCUCUACUUACCGAUUCAGGAGGCUUUCAAAUGGUUUCUUUGCUUAAAUUAGCAGAGAUAACAGAGGAAGGAGUAAAAUUUAAGUCGCCAUAUGAUGGUUCAGAAAUUAUGCUUACCCCUGAGAAGUCAAUUGAAAUUCAGAAUUGUAUUGGUGCUGAUAUUAUAAUGCAACUGGAUGAUGUUGUGAGAACUACAUUCCAAGACAAUGAUCGCAUUAAACUGGCAGCUGAGAGAACCAGUAGAUGGCUGGAUCGAUGUCUAAGAGCACACAAGAGACCAUCAGAUCAAAAUAUUUUUCCUAUUGUUCAAGGUUUGCUAAAUAAAGAAUUGAGAAUCCAAAGUGCAAAUGAACACAUGACAAAAGAUGUUAAUGGUUUUGCAAUUGGUGGCUUAAGUGGUGGUGAAGCAAAAGACGACUUUUGGCCUAUAGUGAGUCUGAGUACAGACCUACUUUCUAAAAACAAACCUCGAUAUCUAAUGGGGGUGGGUGUAGCUAUUGACCUUGUUGUUUGUGUAGCUCUUGGUGUUGAUAUGUUCGACUGUGUUUUCCCCACAAGAACAGCUAGAUUUGGCUGUGCUCUUAUCAACAAGGGGCAAUUAAACUUAAAGCAAAACCAAUAUGCAACAGAUCUCAACCCAAUUGAUGAGAAUUGUACAUGUUCAACUUGUAGGAACUAUACCAGAGCUUAUCUGCAUUGCAUAGUAUCAGUGGAGACAGUUGCAUGUCAUUUGAUUUCUGUUCACAAUAUAGCAUUUCAGAUGCGCCUUAUGCGUACAAUGAGAGCUAAUAUUGAAAAAGGGACUUUUCCAGAAUUUGUGAAAACAUUUGUUGAUGAACUUUAUCCUAACAAAGACUAUCCCACAUGGGUUAUUAAUUCCCUAUCAUCAGUUGGAAUAAAAAUUAUUUGAAAUUAUAAA